AUGACUGCCGACCUGAAGAACGAUUCGCCGCCGGACCUCAGCGACGAGGCCGGCACCGUCGACUCUAGCUCGCAAAUAAACGAGAAAGCCCUGCUACGCAAACUUGAUUUGAAGCUUCUACCAGCAGUUGGGAUUCUUUAUCUGCUUUCGUUCUUGGACCGCAGCAAUGUUGGCAAUGCUCGUAUUGAGGGAAUGAUUGACGAUCUGCACAUGUCGGGGAAUGAGUAUCUCACUGGCUUGACGCUGUACUUUAUUGGUUAUGUCCUCUUCGAGAUCCCAUGCAAUAUUAUCCUCAAGCGAACUACGCCUCGACUCUGGCUGCCAACACUCACUGUGGCCUGGGGUAUCGUUGCGACUCUUCUCGGUAUCGUGCAGAACAAGACUGGUUUCUUCAUUGCUCGAUUCUUCCUUGGUGUAACUGAGAGCGGAUUGUUUCCCGGUGUUGUGUACUACUUCUCCAUGUGGUACAAACGUCGUGAGCGACAAUAUCGUAUCUCGCUAUUCUUCAGCGCUGCAUCACUAGCUGGAGCGUUCGGUGGCAUCUUGGCAUAUGGGAUUGGUAAGAUGGCAGGUGUCGUCUGGGAUAAUGGUUGGCGAUGGAUCUUCAUCUUGGAAGGUAUCGCGACAGUAGUAGUCGCCGUUGCCGCAUACUGGUUCAUCGAGAACUACCCCGAUACCUCAAAAUUCCUCACCAAAUCAGAGCGCUCCUUCAUCCAUGAGCGCCUGCAUGCAGACAGUGACGCGAUUCGCGAAGAGAAGUUCAGCUGGGCUGCUGUUCGCGAGGCAUUCAGUGACCCCAGUUGCUGGCUGUACGGUCUGGGCUUUCACACCAUGAGUCUACCGCUGUACACACUGUCACUGUUCCUGCCCACCAUCAUCAAGGACCUAGGAUACAAAGCUGCAGUGGCACAGCUCUUGACAAUCCCACCAUACGCCGUCGCCUUCAUCACAACUCUAGCUGUUGCCAUCGCCUCUGAGAAACUCGCCAAACGCGCUGUCUUCAUCGCCGGCUCAGCUGGUGUCGCAGCAAUUGGCUACAUUAUCCUUCUCGCCAACACGAACCCCACCGCAAGACCAGGAGUCUCAUACGUUGGAACAUUCUUCGCCGCAGCUGGAAUCUACCCGGCCACUGCUCUUGUCCUCAGUUGGCCCGCGAUCAACGUAUCUGGACAAACGAAACGUGCUAUUGCGAAUGCUAUGCAGAUCAGCAUUGGAAACCUUGGAGCAGUCAUGGGGACGCAGCUUUAUCGAUCUGGUGAUGGACCGCGAUUUGUGGUUGGACAUUCCAUGGCUUUGGGAUAUCUUGUUGCUAAUAUUGUGGUUGUGACUAUACUUGGCUGGAGGUUGAAGAAGCAGAAUGAUGCGCGGGCGGCGGUGAGUGAGGAGAUUAAGCACGUUGGAGAGGUGGAGGACUGGAGAGGCGAUACUGAUCCGCGAUGGAGGUUUGAGUAUUAA